AACGCAUUUUCAGCAGGAAAUGCAUUUUCUAGUCAUUCACUGUUGUAGCCCCUGAUUCUCAAACUGCGUCUUUCAGCAGCUUUUAAAUGACAUGUUAGAAAACAUCAACAGACCCAUGGUGACUGAAUGUGUCCUCUGUCUUCUUGGGGUUUCAGGCUUGGUCUCUCUGCGUCGAGCUGAGGAGGAGGAGACAGUUUACUGGCUCAGUAUGGGCCGGACCUUCCAUAAGGUUUGCCUCAAAGACAAGAUCAUCACCGUCACUCGCUACCUGCCCAAGUACCCGUACGAGUCAGCACAGAUCCAGUACAGCUACAGCCUGUGUCCACCACAUUCUGACGCUCACUUUGUGUCCUGCUGGGUGGAGUUUGGCCAUGAGAGACUGGAGGAAUACAAGUGGAACUACCUUGACCAGUACAUCUGCUCUGCAGGCUCGGAGGACUUCAGUUUGAUCGACUCUCUGAAGUUCUGGAGGACUCGCUUCCUCCUGCUGCCAGCCGGAGGAGCUAGGCGGGUGGCAGACGGGGAGGGGCACUGGGAUGUUUAUGGGGAGGGAGCAGGUGGCGGCGGGGACUGGGUCCUGCUGGAUGGCUUCAUCCGUUUCCUGGAGGGCCUGAACCGCAUUCGCCGUCGCCACCGCUCCGACCGGAUCAUCAGAGUGAGGCUCUCCUAGUCUACAUCAUUUCAUGAAAACACCUUUUACAGUUUGCUGUUUGAACUUACACGUCACUG